AUGUAUAAAGUAUCUGAAUAUUCUAACAAUGAUCAGAAGCAGGAGGAUCCCGCAUUGAAAGAAGAAAGUACAGCAAUUGAGAUUGAUACCGUAGAUGGACUCCAAGAGAACGAUUAUAAUAUGACCGCCGAUGAAGACAUAUCUGAUAAGCAAACUGAUGCAAUAAUUGAAGGAGAAGGAAUACUCGAGAUAGAAGACGAAUUAAUAUCUAGUGGAGAGGAGGAGAUGGAUACAGAAUUAAAUGAAACAGAAACCAGAGACAAUGAAGAUAAUUAUAGAAACUCUGCUGUGGAAUUUAAUAGUGAAGACGAAAUUGAAAAUUUGGAGGAGGAAGAUCACACAUUUGAUAAAGAAACGAAUGAUAUAGUUGAGGAAGAGAAAGAAGAUUAUUUAUCGAACGACAGUUUGGUUGAAUUAGACGAGUUAAACAAUUAUCAAGAAGAUGACGAUGUGCAAGAAAUACCGCCUCCGUCGAACAAUUCUGUGUAUAAGAAAGAGGAAAGUAAAUAUAACGAUCAAGAUGGGCUUAUAGAAAUACAGAACGAAGAAUUGAUAAAUGGAGAUGUUCGGGAUAAACUUGCAGAAAAUGAAGAAAAUAAAGAAGCUGGAGUCAAUGCGAAAUCUAAUCAAGAAAUAUUUGAAGAGUUAAAUAAUGAAGGUCAAGAUAAAGCUGGAAAUGAUCAAGUGUACGAGAACAACUAUAAAAAAGAAGUGGUAAGAGUAGCAGACGAAGCAGACGAAGCAGACGAAGCAGACGAAGCAGACGAAGCAGACGAAGCAGACGAAGCAGACGAAGCAGAUGAAGCAGAUGAAGCAGAUGAAGAAGAAAAAGUAAAAGAUGAAGAUGAAGUAAAAGAUGGAGAUGAAGAAGAAAGAGAAGUACCGAAUGAUAUACAGGAGGAGCAAUAUGAAAAGAUAGUAAUUGAUAAAAAUAAUCAAACGGCCGAAAGUCGUUCAGAUAAUGAAAGGAUGCCUAACGUAAAUACCCAAACAAGAAUACCCCAUUCUAAAUUAGAAUGUACAUUUCCAAUUAUUAUUAACAUUGCUGAGACGGAAUUUCUCUUAGUUCCAUUCGAUAAACACAUGAACCCCGAAAUUGAUGUAUCUCAUUUGGUUUCCUUGUAUGAUGACUAUGACAUCUUGAAAUUGACAAUAGAAGAAUUUUUUGGGCUAAUGAGGACAAAUGAAGAUUUAAAUGAAAUUCAUCAAUUUACAGUUAACAAAGAAUUAGUACUCGUAAUUCCUGAAUUGAAUAAUUUAUCAAUUACUGAGGACAAUAUUUAUUCUCGCGAUAUAACUAUAGAGGAUUUUAUAGUAUCAUUUGAAAAUUUAAAAUCCAAUUCUAUAAAUGCUGGCGAAGAGCUAACUCAAAAUUCAAUAUCAUUCCUUUUAACUAGUCAAACUAGAUUUAUUACCAAUUUCAAUAACUUAUCUGAAAGAAUUCGAGAAGGGAGAGGAUUUAAUUCUAUUGGUCUGAAACAACCUAUUUUUGAUCAGACAGCUAUUGAAUCUGAAUCGUCUGCUAAGUCAUCUACUGAAAAUUUACAUAAGCGACAAUCGUUAAGUUCUAGCGACGAAACAGAUACACAGCAAACCAAACGGGUGAAGAUUAGUAUAUAA